AAAUGCAAAUUAUGAAAUUUCAAAUACGUCAGAUGGGAAAGAAGUGAGAGUGGAUUUAAAAUUGGAUAUUAAUAGGAUUAAAUUGGAUGUGAAUUGCCUUGCGCACAGGAUGGGGUGUUAUUUACAUAACUUUAAAAUAACUGAUUUCAACAAUAUAAUCGAAUACUCGGAUAAGAUGAUGAAGAAACAUUUGGUAUUUUUGAAUGAUCUGAGACUUGCACGCAAGAAUAAAGAGAAGAUUGGAUUAUUGCUGAAUGCAUAUAAACUUGUCGAUGAAUCAUUGUAUAAAGAUAGAGGUGAAGUUCAGGAACAAUUUGAUCGCGUUGAUAUUGAGUUGAGAGAGUUAGAGUUAAAGAAUUCAGCAAUUGAAAAAAAUACUAUGUUUACUGUAUUUUGUAUUUUGAUUGAUGAUGACAAAAAUGUAUGGAUGAAUCUUCACGAUGACAAAUAUUGGGUCCCAGGUGGUUAUUUAAGAAUGAAAUCUGAUAGGGUAUAUGAGAAAUUUGAGGAGUGUGUUAUCCGCGAGGUGGAAGAUAAAACUGGAAUUAUUAUGCCACACAAAAAUCUCUAA